UUAGGUACAUGUAGUAUCGCAUAAGUCACACCACUCCUGCACUAGUUGAGAAUAUUCCUUUUUCUGAUUUUUAUUUUUUAAAAGUGGGUAGUAUUUUUUCUCCGCGGUGGCCGCCCGUCGGCCUGCGUCUCAUUCGCAGUUUAGUGCUCGACCACUCAAGACACUUCUCUCCGCAAUAGUACUUGCCGUUAUUUCGUGCAGAAAAUGCCGAAACGCAAAGUAUCUAGAACGUGCGAAGAAGAACUGGAACAUUUAAUGCGUAAAAUGCGGAAAUUGGAAAAGAAAAUCCAAGCCAAUAAUUUAGUGGAACCGACUCCAGUGGAUUUACCAACGGUGGAAAAUAUAAUCGAAGCAGAGACACCGUGUGAGCUCGAACAAUCCGAUUGGCUGAAUGAAGAAUCUGAACAGGAUUCAUUCGAAAACACCGAACAAGUUGCUAAUGAGCACGUAUCGGGCAAUGUGCCCCAAAACGACGAAUUAACCCCUCAUGAACAACCUAGCACGUCCGCGCCCGCGGCACCCUUGCAGGACGAGGACGCCACAGCUGCAACGCAGUUAGCUAAUACGGAAUUAGACACAGAAGUCCUGGCAAUCCUGGGUGAAGACCCCUCGGUCUCUGAGAGACGGGGAAAGGAUAUUCGAGAAGAAAUAGCAUCUCGAUUCAGCCAUAUAGCAACGGAAGGGUUAAACAAAGAUACUCGAAAAGAGUUGAUAUCAAAGUACCCUAUCCCCGCAAACUGCUCGCGUAUUGACUCGCCUAAAAUUAACCCAGAGGUAAAGAUCGCAAUGAACGAAAGUUUCAUAAAACGCGAUAAGGGUAUCGAAGCCAAACAAAAGCAGAUGGCAAGCGCCAUCUCGUGCUUGGGUGAUAUUAUCACAAUGCAAUUGAACUCCGAAAGUAAAGACAAAGAUUUACUGCAAAAAUUAAUGGAUCUCGGUCGAUUGAUUUGUGACGUGCAACACGCAGACUCAGUCACGAGAAAGAAUUUUAUUUUGUUCUCACUAAAAAAGGACAUGUCGGAACACCUGUCAAAUACAAAGAUUGACGGUUUUCUAUUCGGGGAGACUUUAGCUGACACACUAAAGACUGCCAAGUCAAUUAACAAGUCAGGAGUCGAACUAAAGGCUGACCAAAAUACCAACAAUUCAGCUAAACGAUCCAAAUUACCUAACCAGAAGAAUUUAAACCGGAAGGCUCCCGGGACGGCGUACAGGCAGCCGGGCCCGCAGCAGAGGAGCCGCGAGCCUGCAGCGCGAGCCCGCGCAGCCCCGCCGCCGCCCGCGCACUCAUCGAGGACGUGGCCGCGUCAGCAGCUGCCGCCGCCGGGCCCAGCUCCAGCUCGGCGCCGCCUUUAG